AGGAAGAGCACUCGGGCUCAGGUACAACAGCAACAAGAGCAGCAACAGCACUUCAGCCCAAAGCAUCAUAGAGAAAAAAAAACAAGUCCUUCAGCUGAAAAAAGAUGGAGAAAGACAUGGUGAACUUCUCACCAGGUGGAAGCCCAUCUCAAGGAGAUAAGCUGCGACAAACACCUCAGCAGGGUUUCUACUUGGGCCCGGCCCCACUUUACAUCAAACCCCCAAGAUUCUCCUCUCCCCGUUACCCCGGCAUGUCGCCCACCAUAGACCCCUACAGUGCUUUCACGCGGCCUGCAUUCUUCCCUAUGCACGGGAUGGGUUAUGCUCCAAAAGAAGAAUCCCAAAAACAGAAGAGACUUCUACUCAAAACAGGCACCCAUGGGGGCGAAUCACAGGAGACUGAACAAGAAGAGGCAGAAGAGAGCAGUAGUAAGAGGAAGUUGAACAUCCCUCAUGUCCCCUUUGCCUUUCCACCUAGCUCCAUUUCCUCCACAGCUUCCAGACCAGUCCCUGGGAUGAUUGAGCUUAGCAGGCUGCAGCUCCACAACAGAUCAGCAGGUUUGAGUUUACCGGUGCAGGUGAAGCAGGAGCCUCCCAGUCCUUCCUCCCUUUGGCCUACUUCCCCUCUCCUUCUCCACCCCUCUUACUUCGCACCUCUGGCACACAGUCCAUUUCCAUACCCCGUCUUCAUGCCUGGGCCUCUCAUGCACAUCCCACCCACUGCCUUCUACUCCAGAGAGGACCCCCGCCCCAGCAAGACCCCCCGUGAUGAAGCUCCCCGAAGUGAGACAUCCAACUCCGAGAAGGUUGGUCUCAACAUCCAUGUGGAUGACAGCUACUAUGUAGACGUCGGUGGGGACCAGAAGAGAUGGAAAUGCCGCAUGUGUGAAAAAUCCUACACCUCCAAGUACAACCUGGUCACGCACAUCCUGGGCCACAAUGGGAUCAAGCCGCAUGGGUGUCACCUCUGCGGAAAGCUUUUCAAGCAGCUGAGUCAUCUGCACACGCACCUGCUCACACACCAGGGCAUGAGGCCCCACAAGUGCAAGGUGUGCCACAAGGCAUUCACCCAAACUAGCCACCUGAAGAGACACAUGAUGCAGCACAGUGAUGUGAAACCAUAUAGCUGUAGUGUGUGCGGCAGAGGCUUCGCUUAUCCCAGCGAGCUUCGCGCCCAUGAGCUGAAGCACGAGAAAGGGCAGGAAAACGUGUGUGUCGAGUGUGGUCUGGACUUCCCCACCCUGGCCCAGCUCAAGCGGCACCUUACAGUCCAUCGUGGUCCGACCUUGUACAGGUGCGCGGAGUGCCAGAAGACUUUCCAGUAUCCAAGUCAGCUUCAGAACCACAUGAUGAAACACAAGGACAUCAGACCGUACAUCUGCAGUGAAUGUGGGAUGGAGUUCAUCCAGUCGCACCACCUCAAACAGCACACACUCACUCACAAAGGAGUGAAAGAGCACAAGUGUCGCAUCUGUGGGCGUGAGUUCACGCUGUUGGCCAACAUGAAGCGCCACGUCCUCAUUCACACCAACAUACGGGCCUACCAGUGCCACAUGUGUUUCAAGAGCUUCGUUCAAAAGCAGACGCUCAAGGCUCACAUGAUCGUCCACUCAGACAUCAAGCCCUAUAAAUGCAAGCUUUGUGGGAAAGAAUUUAACAGAAUGCACAACCUCAUGGGUCACAUGCAUCUUCACUCAGACAGCAAGCCCUUCAAAUGCCUCUACUGCCCAAGCAAGUUCACUUUAAAGGGGAACCUCACCAGACACAUGAAGGUUAAACAUGGAGUCAUGGACAGAGGACUGGAUGAAAGAUUGUUUCGUCAAAGAGGACGUCUCUGCCUAGCCACACCGAUGGGUCUCAUCUCCCACUUCAACCAAGAGGAACCGUUUGACCUCUCCCAGAAACCUCCAGGUUUGCCCAGCCUCCGUCUCUCGCAGUCUGAUGGUGAGAGCAUCCCAGGAAGCUCCUGUCAAGAGGAGGAUGAGGAGAGUUUGUACAGGAGGAGCCAGUAUAGUCCAGGAAUGGACCAGCAAGAGCCAUCAGACGGGGAUCAUUACAUUUCUGACCUGAAAAAGGAACAGAAUGCUCAGACUGAUAAACUUCGAACUGGCAAGACUCCCAAACUAAAGAAGUAUCAGGAAAGUUCAGAGGAGGAGUCUUAUGAAGGAGAAAAAAAAGCACAAGAGCAAUUUGAUACUACUCAUCGCCUCUUACAAUCAGAGUCAUCUAAUGAAUCUGAUGCAGAGGUAGAGCAGGUGUACACCUCUGAAAGAGUCCGCAUAGAGUCCUGUGACUAUGACACGAUUUCAGAAGAUGAGUGUGAGCAAAGCAAAAGAACCCUGGAAGGUAGUCAUGAGGCCAUGGAUGUAGCGGAGAAGAACUGAAAGAUGAUAGAGCUCAUGAAAUUAGAAAGUGAGGAAAGAAAGAAUAAAAGUACACUGGUCUUCAUCAAAUCAGAUUAAACCUUCCCUACUAAAAGUCAGACAGGAUUUCAAUAAUUCUAAUAAUUAUUCCAGAUUUGUAAUACACUUCAUCAUAAAAUAACAUUUUAGCUAAAUGGAUCUACUCCUGUUGGUGUGUUUUAACUGGUCAAUUCUUUGUGCAAUGAAUUAAAAAUAAUCAAGACAUCUCGAAGAGGAACGAUUUCAAGAUGCCUGAAGGUGCAUGGUUAUGUGUUCGAAAAUUAUCUGCAAGCACAACAAUGGCAAUGUCUAGCCGUCAGAUUUUUUCUUUUAAAUAGACUGGUAAAAGAUAAUGUUUUGUUAGAUUCUCAGUUUUACAACUGAAAGGGAACAUGGAUAUUUUGGUUUAAUGUGGAAUAAGGAAAAGAUGUUGAUAUAUAGAUCAGAGAACACACGUGGAUACUUAAAGCUGUGAAUUGUU